AUGUACGAUCGGGUCAAGCCCUCCUUCUGGCGGACAAUCAUCGGCGUAGUAUCGCACAUCGAGGAGCUGGAGCUGUACAUGGGAAGAUGGGACUUAUGCGACCAGACCGGCAAGGAUCCUGUGUUGGAAGCUUUCUUGAAGUACGGUCACUUCCCAAAUCUCUCGAAGCUGCAUCUAUGGGGUGAGCACGAGAAGCCAGCCACAGUCGACACUAGGCUUCUAAAGCCAUUUUUGUGGCGGCAUCGACAAAUGAGGUCUGUCGUGCUUAAGGACCUUCUUGUGAAUGACGCCUUGGGUCCCGCACAACUCUGUGAUGGCAUCAAAUGCGUCCUGGUUCAUGCGAGGGAGACACUUCGCACCGAUGCACGCUUCGAGAUGCACAUUUUCCCCAGAUAG